AGUAGUUUCUCAUUUGAAGGCUGGAAAAAAAUCGACUUUACUGCACACAGGACUCCCUGACAUCACUCCUCUAGGUUUUAAGUAAAAUGCUUCACUUCUCGCCUACCUGCCGUCGGUUAACCCGAGAAGACAUUCAAUUUAAAAGUUGGAAUGUACGAAAUCCGUGGAAACAUAUUACCCAUUUAACUGGAAAACAAUAAUAAAAUACUCGUAUGCUUGUGUUUCUUCACUGAGUCUGUUCGCUCCUUAGGUUUACUUUUCUGUAACUCCUGCCCGAGGUCUGGCUUGUUUCCAUCCGCCCUCAGGCUCUUGGAUCCCCGCUGCAAGAUUGAAAUCGCUGCGCUCUUGGAAUUCGGGAGUUUUGACUUGGGACGUGCUUGUCACCUUGAGUACGGUUCCUUAUAGUCUUCGGUUUUUAAAGAGUUUGCCAGUGUGCUACCAUGAAGAUGCUGCUUAAGUUCUCCGCCGUUGAUUUCUCCUCUAAGAGCACAGAGUUUCUGAAUUCACCGUCUUGCCUCUGAGAUUGGCUUCAAAGGACUACUCACAUUUUUCGGCGGUGCUGCAGCUUGUCCUCACUGCUGUACAAGACGCUACAUCAAAACGACCCCAAGUGCGCUUGGAUUUUCCUUUUUUUUGUGCCAAUUAUAGAUUUACACUUCAGGAUGCUUCCUCUUUCCAGAACACAGCUUGCUUUGUUUUUUAUUUUGCUUUGCCCCGUUAACAUAAUCGGACUUUGGUGGGCCGUGGGCAGUCCCUUAGUGAUGGACCCCAACAGUAUCUGCAGGAAGACUAAGAGGCUGGCGGGGAGGCAGGCGGAACUGUGCCAGACACAGCCAGAGAUUGUCAACGAAGUGGCGAAAGGAGCAAAGCUGGGAGUUAGGGAAUGUCAAUACCAGUUCAGGUUUAGGAGAUGGAACUGCACUAGUCAAAAUAAAUAUUUUGGGAAAAUACUACAGCAAGACAUCCGGGAGACGGCAUUUGUUUAUGCCAUCACAGCCGCCGGGGUGACGCACACAGUGACGCAGGCCUGCAGCAUGGGGGACCUUCUGCAGUGUGGCUGCGAGGCCACCAGGAGUCGAGCCCCUCCUCUCCCUGCAGCCGGGGUCGGGAUGGAAGGCGUGAAGUGGGAAUGGGGCGGCUGUGGGGACGACGUGGAGUUUGGGUACGAGAAAUCCAAGCAGUUCAUGGAUGCCAAGCGGAAGAAGGGCAAGAGCGACAUCCGGACCUUGAUUGACCUUCACAACAACGAAGCUGGACGGCUGGCUGUGAAGAAUUAUAUGAGAACUGAAUGUAAAUGUCAUGGGCUGUCUGGCUCUUGCACACUCAGAACCUGCUGGAAAAAGAUGCCUCAUUUUCGCGAGGUGGGUGAUCGCCUCCUGGAAAGAUUUAAUGGAGCUUUCAAGGUGAUGGGAGGCAAUGAUGGCAAAACCCUCAUCCCCGUGGGGCAAAACAUCAAACCGCCAGACAAACAGGAUCUCAUCUACUCAGCAGAAUCUCCUGACUUUUGUUUGCCUAACAGAAAGACUGGUUCGCUGGGCACCAGAGGCCGGAUGUGUAACAGCACAGCAAUGGACGUCAGUGGAUGUGACUUGCUCUGCUGUGAGCGGGGAUACAGAGAUGAGACUGUGGUCUUUGAGGAAAACUGCCUGUGCAGGUUUCACUGGUGCUGCGUUGUGCAGUGCAAAAAGUGCUCUGUAAGGAAAGAGCUCAGCCUGUGUUUCUAAAACGAUGGCACCGCAUGGAACGGUACAUUAACAUUCCCUACUGGAGACUCAACUGGUACUUUAAACAUCUCCUCCGGCCUUGUGUAAACCACAAAUAAACACCUCCCCCCCACUGCUUACAGGCAGAAAAAGAUGUUUAGUAUGCAUUGUCAGAAUUAUAUUUCUAAGGACAUAAACAUGUACUUUUGUGAGUGUUCGAAGGACAAUAAGGUUAGAAGCUUUAAGGAUAAAGAAGUGAACAUCAGUAUUUCAUAAACAAAAAUUUGAUACUCUGGAGAGAAAGCACAUCUUAUAUUUAGUGAUUUGAGGCAAUCAGCUAAGGUCGCUCUGUUUCCAGUUUUGUACUGUUUUAUUUAUAAGUAAUUCUCAAUAAUACUCCAUCUAGUAAUAAUGUGACUAAUGUGCCCACAUUUUUAAAGCACUUUGAAUACGAAAACUGUAUAAACCAUGAAUUACAGACUGUUUUUUGACUGUAUGUGUACAUUUUUUAAGUAAA